CGACUUCCCUGCAAACCUUGGUAUAGAUCACUUCCUUUUCUGUUGGGAAACGAAAGGCACCAAAGAGCACAAUGAGUACAAGAAAGCGUCGAGGUGGAGCAAUAAAUUCUAGACAAGCCCAGAAGCGAACACGGGAAGCAACCUCCACCCCUGAGAUUUCCUUGGAAGCAGAACCCAUAGAACUCGUGGAAACUGCUGGAGAUGAAAUUGUGGACCUCACUUGUGAAUCUUUAGAGCCUGUGGUGGUUGAUCUGACUCACAAUGACUCUGUUGUGAUUGUUGACAAAAGAAGAAGACCAAGGAGGAAUGCUAGGAGGCUGCCCCAGGACCAUGCUGACAGCUGCGUGGUGAGCAGUGACGAUGAGUUGUUGUCCAGGGACAGAGACGUGUAUGUGACUACCCACACUUCCAGAAACGCCAGGGAUGAGGGCGCUACAGGCCUCAGGCCCUCGGGUACUGUCGGUUGUCCUAUCUGCAUGGACAGAUAUUCAGAGGUCGUGCAGAACAGACGUCUCAUCGUUUCCACAGAAUGUGGCCAUGUCUUCUGUAGCCAGUGCCUCCGUGAUUCCCUGAAGAACGCUAAUACUUGCCCAACUUGUAGGAAAAAGAUCAACCACAAACAGUACCACUCCAUUUAUAUAUGAAGUAUUCAGAGACGCCCAGGAGAGACGGAUGGACAGACAAUCAGGUUCUCCAGUGGUAUCUGCCUCCAUUUUCCUGAGCUCAAAAAGACUGUUUUGAAACCCACGUCUGAUAUGUAAACUGCUCUUUUGUUUCCAACCCCUUCCUUUUGUUAUCUCCAGUUUGAUGCUAUGGCGCUGGACCCAGGGCCCUCCCAGGCCAUCUCUGUUCCUCUGGGGUGGUCCAGUUCUAGAGUGAGAGAAAGGGAGUCAGGCACACUGGGAAUCGUGGUUCCAGUCUGGUUGCAGAACCUGCACAUUUGCCAAGAAAUUUUCCGUUUGGAAAGUUUGCCCCAGCUUUCCCGGGCACACCACCUUUUGUCCCAAGUGUCUGCCGGUCGACCAAUCUGCCUGCCACACAUUGACCAAGCCAGACCCGGUUCACCCAGCUCGAGGAUCCCAGGUGCAAGAGUGGCCCCUUGAGGCCCUGAAAAGACCAAUCACUGGACUUCUUCCCUUGAGAGUCAGAGGUCACCCGUGAUUCUGCCUGCACCUUAUCAUUGAUCUGCAGUGAUUUCUGCAAAUCAAGAGAAACUGCAGGGCAAUCCCGUUUCCUAAGAAUGAAAAAGUGCAAUAAAGGCCAUUCAUUACCUACUUUUCAGCAGCGCCACCAGAUGCAGCACUAUUAGUGUCCCCCUCAGAGGCUUAAUGUUGCCUGCGGAGCAGUGCCCAUCCCAGCCCGUUUCUGCCCACCAGUUGUUCUCAGGAACCUUACCCAUGCUCCAGCGUCCUUCACCUGGCACAGGACAUGCAAGAUAAAUAGGACAGGCACAUGUUUGGGUGUCCUCUCUUUUCUGAUAAAAUCCAUCCGGUGUUUGCCACACGCCCUCCAGUCCUCAGUUCCCACUGCCUAACAUCUGCCCCCGUGUAGAUACUGAGAGGUGGUGGCAGUAAUUGUGGCCUUAUCAGCCGCUCAGUUCCAGCCUUUUGCCCAGGUCACUGUUGCCCCAUGUUCGGAGAACCUGGCCCACCUAACUUGGCUUUCUCAUC